AUGCUCCCAAGCCACACUCACUACUGGGACGACGAAAUCACAUUCAACACCCAGCACAGCAGCCAGUGGGACAGCCUGUGCCACGUCCAAAGCACCCACACGGGCUUAUCGUACAACGGCUUCCAACCCACACAGGAGAUCCUCACCAACUGCGCUUCCACGGCUGAAAACGAUGCCCCGACCCUCGAUCACUGGCAUGAAUUAGGUGGUAUGGCGGCCCGGGGCGUCCUAAUCGACUACAAGGCGUACGCCGACGAAAAGGGCACCCCGUUCCACCCGCUUGAAUCGGUGCGCAUUACAGCCCAGGAUGUUGAAGACUGUGCUGCCCAUUUCGGCGUCGCCUUCAAACCAGGUGAUGUUCUUCUCGUUCGGACGGGUGCAACGGAAGUAUAUGAGAAUCCUACCGAUGAGGAAGUCGCCAAGAUGCAGACGGGGACUCUCGCUGGAUUACACGGGUGCGAAGAUACAGCGAGGUGGAUUUGGAAUAAGCGCUUCACUGCCGUGGCAUCGGAUGCUAUUGCCCUGGAGGCUCUGCCGGGGUUAGAUAAGGAUGGGAAUCCAGCACUGCAUCAGUAUCUGCUCAGUUCGUUUGGAAUGUCCAUCGGCGAGCUAUGGGACCUCAAGAACCUCUCAGAGUAUUGUAAGAAGACGGGCCGGUACUCAUUCAUGCUUACUUCCGUGCCAUUAAACAUUCCUUGUCUUAUCGGGUCACCACCCAAUGCCCUAACUAUAUUCUAA